CAAACUCAGUUCUUUAUUUAACUCCAACUGGUUAACAUCUGCGAAUAAAUGAACGCAUUUCGUGAUGCUGCCAAUAACCCGUGCUACUGUGGAUAACUUCUGCAGAGCGUGCUUGCAAGAUUUAGGCAAAUUACAAAAUACAAGGGAACUUCGACAUGAUUUAAAAGAAGAUCCGCAACUCUUACGCAUUGUUGAAUUAAUGGCAGAUGGAUUACAGCCAAUGAGAACGGGAAUGCAGUUGGCAAUGCCAACUCGUUUGUGUCAUUCCUGCUACACGAAAGUUGGCAUGUUUCGUAAAUUUGCAGAGAUGUCCAUUUGUACGGGUGUCGCUCUUAAUGAAUUAACAGCUGAAAAGCUUGAGUUAACGGACAAUACUAAAGUUAAAAUGAUAUGUGCUACAUGCUUUAAAAUUAAAGCGGACCAUAAUGCCAAUUCGAUCGAAAACUCACCCAAGCUGCAGAGCUUGAUGCGGCUUAUAUUUACAGGAACUGAUAAAAUGCAACCGAUUGAUAAUAAGCCGACUGGGAGCAUAUGUAAAUAUUGCUGCCAAAAAUUUAGAACAUUCCUGGAAUUUCAAAGUAUAUUACAAGAAAGCCAACAAUAUUUUGUAUCUACUAUAUUGUCAAACACAGACGAAAUACCAGAAAUGGAUUCCUCAAUUAAAACAGAAUAUCCUAAUAUUGGCGAUGAAAAUCAAAGUGGAAAAAAUAAAAUCAAAUUAUCCAACACAAAAGAACAUGAUCUUUCCCAGGAAAGUGAUUCUGAAAUGGACAAUACAGUCGCAAGUCUGUCCAACGCGGAGAACAUUUGUCCGUAUUGUCAGCGGGAGUUUAAGAGGAAAACGCACUUGAAAGAUCAUGUAAGAUUGGUCCAUGAAGGCCUACGUCCAUAUAAAUGCGACUUUUGUCAACGUUCAUUUGGUUUGGCCAGAACCCUGCGCAUUCAUAUAAUGGGUCACACAAAAGAGCGCCCAUUUGUAUGCAAAAUUUGUGAAAAAUCAUUUCGGCAAAAAACAGAGCUGAAUCUUCAUAUGAAUAAUCAUUUAGCGAGCAGUCAAUUCCGAUGUCCGAUCUGCUCUCAUGACAGAGCCAGCCAAGAAGAUCUGGACGCACAUAUGACUCGGCACAAUAACAGGGAGGGCUACCAAUGCAGCACAUGUGGACGAAAAUUUAAAAAGCUUUGCCAUCUGAAGGAGCAUGACGAUGCAGUUCAUCUAAAAUUGCGUCCCUUUGUAUGCACCCACAACAAUUGCGGAAAGGCAUUUGGAGCACGCAAAACACUUUAUACACAUCUGCGAACGCAUACGGGCGAGCGUCCUUAUAGUUGCAAUAUUUGUUAUAAACCAUUUUCGAGCAAGGCGAAUCUUUCGCGACAUUCUCGCACCCACGAAGAGACGGUUGUCAAGGUAGAAGUUAUUGAGUAAGAUCGCUGGGACACCCAUCCACAAAAUUCAUUAUCUUAAUUGUGAAUCAAAAUAGCAGGUACCAAAUAUUUUCGUUUUCGGUUAUUAUUGAAUAAUGGUUACAAUAAAAAAAAUCAAUUCAAA